AGCUGAGAGGACGCGCAGGGGAGGUGACCUCGUGGCAGGUAAUAAAUCAUCAUUAAUCAAGAAGAUGUCUUCAGCACCGGAAUCUCCUGGCUUUAAAAAGGAACCACCCAAAGAGAAAGACUUUCGAAACCCAGGGCUCAGAGGGGUCCGCACAACAACUUUAUUUCGAGCUGUGAAUCCAGAGCUCUUCAUUAAACCUAACAAACCUGUAAUGGCUUUCGGAUUGAUAACCCUUUCACUUUGCGUGGCGUAUAUUGGUUAUCUACAUGCAACACAAGAGAAUACAAAGGACCUAUACGAAGCUGUUGAUAGUGAGGGACACAGUUACAUGAGGAGGAGAACAUCUAAAUGGGAUUAAUAGUGCUGGAUACCGCAGAUGGAGCUUCGUAAAGGGCUCUGAAAUCUUUGAAGGAAAGACUUUGUGAGUGCCUAGUAUCAGCUUCUUGUUCUGGAACAUGUUGAUGAGGAGAGAAGGUAGCAGUUGCAGCCAGGCCUUGAGGCUGCAGUCCUUACCUCAUUCUUUCUCCACAGCGGGAGCUUCUUAAUAUUGUUCUUUUAUUAAGUCCUCGUAUCAAAGUGCCAGGAAAAUGGAAAUCAUUUUGUUAAUUAUUAAGUUCUAUAUAAUAAAAGUACCCA